GCUUGAAACGCGACUUGUCAUCGGGCAUACCACUCCCAGCAUUGACUAGGUAACACUACUUGCUUCUCACAUCUCCUUGCUUGAUAAUGCUCGCGGCCGUUCCGUCCUACUUCUCACUACAUUAGAUAUAUUCAUCAACUCUCGGGAGCGGCACUAAGAAUCACAUUCACACUCUUCUCCUGACAUCCUAGCCCAAUGUCUCCACCUUCGUCGUCCUACCGCUGGAAGCCCUCUGUUGUUGAUGGUCCAUCCAGAACCUCUUUUUCGUUCGAUCCCAUUGAAGACGCACUACUUGCAUUCAGCCGAGGCGAGCCCCUCGUGGUCAUGGAUGAUGAGAAACGGGAAAACGAAGGUGACAUCAUCAUAUCAGGAGCUCAAUGUACCACCGAGCAGAUGGCCUGGAUGAUCAAGCACACGAGUGGCUAUAUAUGUGUAGCACUACCCCAGACGCGUCUUGAUGAAUUGGAGAUUUCGAUGAUGGUCCCAGAGAAUCAAGAACGUCAUCGGACAGCAUAUACAGUCACGGUUGACUAUAGGCAUGGCACCACGACGGGUAUCUCUGCUCACGAUCGAGCUUUGACCGUACGCAAGCUCUGCGAUCCGUCUGUGUCUCCUGCGGACUUCACACGUCCGGGACAUAUGGUCCCCUUGCGGGCGCGCGAGGGCGGUGUCCUGACACGCAGAGGACAUACUGAAUGCGGCGUGGACCUAUGCGCACUUACCCAUCAGCCACUGGCUGGCGUGCUGUGUGAGCUUGUCAACGAUGACGAGACGGGAUCAAUGGCUAGGCGGGACGACUGCAGGGCUUUUGCGGAUCGCUGGGGCUUGAAGAUGAUCAGUGUCGACAUGCUAGCACAAUACAAACUAUCUCUCCACACAAAAACCAAUGGGGUCAAUGGUAUUGUAGGCGCUGCUAACUCAUGAUUUUGGGAUCAACGUGAUGUACUCUAUUUUGUAUUUAAAUGAUAUAGAACACCACUUACUGGGAGAUUACAAACGAGUCAGACAUGUCCUGGGAGACUGCAUUCUCGGCUGUAGCCUGAUUUUCG